AUGGCAUCUCCAAGGCCCCAGCUCCCACAGUCCGGCGCCAUCAAAGUCAAGGAUCUUGAGCUUUUGGAGUUUCUGUUCAGCCUCUUCAGCCAGCGAGACCUUUUCUGGGACAGGGUCGUUGAAGAGAGAGGCACCUCUCGGCGGAGGAGUGCGCAAACUGACAUCGGAUGCGCUGCGAGGCCUUCUUCACCAUCUUCACCUUCCAAUCCUGAAGAGGAGGCCUUCACUGCGCCAAUCCACAGCGCACACACCACACACUGUGAUGAUCAGCUUUGCCCCACAGCUGUUAAACCCCAACAGCUGCUGAUACGGGCAGAGAUUUCUUGA